AUCAAGUCUUCCGCAAUCAAACAUUCAAACAUGCUUCCAUGUUUGACCAACUUGCCUUCCUACUAAAAAGCUUCCUUCCCUCACAUGGCUUCUCUUCCUCUCUUCUUCUUACCACAUUUUAGUAGCUCUAUACUUUCAUGUCACUUUCCUAAUUCUCCAUCCUCUAAAAACCCCAAUUUUUAUCUAUGUGUUUCUCUAUUUUCAGAUCAAAAUCCAAGAAAUCAGAAAUCAAUUCACAAGAAAAAAUUACCCAUCAAAAUACCUUAUCAAAACACCCUUCUAUGGUCUCUAACUCAAGUAGAAGUAUAACUAAAAGCAAUGAAUUUAACACCUUUAAUAACUCAAAAUCAUCCUCAAUCUCAAGCAGAGCUUCAUUAUCUAGUCUCAAAGAUUCUCUCCCUGAUAACCCACAUAUUUAUGAUCUUUCUGAAAUUCGUGCUGCAACCAAGAAUUUUCUGCAAAAACCCAUCUCGUCUUCAUCUUCUUCUGCUUCUUGGAAGUGUUUGAUAGAUAAGAAAGAAUCAAUUGUUACCCAGAGGAAGCUUAGGAGACCCAUUGAUGUUUCGGAGCUCCGAAGAAAGUUAUCUCUUUUAUGUAAGUCUCAUCAUGCUAGUUUGGUGAAGCUUUAUGGUGCUUCUAUUAGUGGGAAUUGUAUUUAUCUUGUUUAUGAGUAUAUUCAUGGUGCUAAUUUGAGUGAUUGUUUGAGAAACCCUAGAAACCCUAAUUUUACUGUUUUGUGCAAUUGGGUAUCUAGGGUUCGAAUUGUUGCUGGGAUUGCUGAUGGGUUAGAUUAUAUGCAUAAUUGUGCUGGUUUUAGAGGUGGGUUUAUUCAUAAUCAUGUUAAAAGUAGCUCAAUUGUAAUUUGUGAAGAACCUGCCUUAGUUGCUAAAAUCUGUCAUUUUGGAACUGCACAAUUGUGUGGGGAGGUUCCUGAGGCAAUCAAUGAGGAGGAUGAGGAGGAGGAUGGGUCUGGUUAUCAGGUUUUGAAAAGGGUAGGGAGUGCAGUAGGGAAAUUCGAGGGGACGAGAGGGUAUAUGUCGCCUGAGUUUCAAAUCACAGGGAUACCGACCCUGAAAUCGGAUAUUUUUGCUUUUGGUGUAGUGGUUCUGGAGUUGUUGUCUGGAGAAGAGCCUAUGAAGGUGAAGAUUGAUUCAGGAAAUGGGAUUUUUCGAAAGAUAUCUUUGAUUGAGACUGCAUGGGAAGCGGUGGGGAGUGGAACCGGGAAAUUCAGGCAGUGGAUGGAUAGGAGGUUGAGGGAUUCUUACCCUGUUGAGGUUGCGGAAGGGUUGGCUCGAGUGGCAUUGGAGUGUGUUCAGGAAGAUCCCGGGAAAAGGCCCGAUAUGGGUCGAGUUGCUGGCUGGAUAUCUAAGUCGUAUUUGGAAUCUAAAACUUGGGCUCAGAGUAUUGGUCUUCCUGAAGAUAUCACUAUUUCAUUGGCCCCAAGAUGAUAAUAUUGUGCUUUUGGUCAUUUGGUGUGACAUUGAUGUAUAGUGUUUUGUAAGUCGAGAAUUCUUUGAUUUUCAUGGAUACAAAAUCCAGUUUACUCUAAGCAAUUAUAAUGGUGUUUUUGUGUAUAUUAAAAAACAAAGAUUCAAUGAUACUAUGAACCAUAUCUGUAAGUGUAUGGUCCUCGUAAAAUUUUAAAACGUCUCAAGAAUGGUUGUCCACAAUGCGCACGAGUGAUGUCAAAGUGCGCUGAAAGGGCUUGUGUUGAUCUGUGGGCCAGUCUACAACCUUCAUAGGUAGUCACCUGUGGUCUGAUGGGGCUGGAGUGUUCCAUUAUGUGUGUUUGCCCGUUUCCAUAAAAGAGAAAAGCCAGUACCCACAAGGUCAUAAUAUCAGGAUUAUUGAGAGCAUUUACCAACAUCACUAGUCAAAGUCCCUGUUAUUCAAACUAGUAGGCUACUUUUGCAGUCAGGAGAUUUCAGCUGAGGAAAAGUAUGGAAAUUCAGAUUUGGUAUCCUAGUUGGUGAUGAAUAAUGAUCACAAAUUGUGUGCUGCAUGAUGCAAGAGCAGGCCUUGAAUCUGUUUGCAUAGACUGGGAUUGUGCUUGACCCCUAUUCACCUUACCAUUCUCCGAAGAUUACCCGAUUUAGUCGUGGAGACCUUGUGUAAAAGGCCGAGGUACUCAUGACGGAAUUAUAAGUUUAGGACUGACUUGAUCAUCGCAUCUCGUUAAAUCUCUGUGCGACCUCUUAACCUUUUCAGUGUGACCUCUUAAGGCGUACCCCCAGUACUGGUUAAAAACUCCAUUAUUACCCUACAAUUUGGCUAGCCUUGUUGGUUUUGUGUUGCAUUUUUGGAAGAUUUGGCGAUGCUGUAAAUGUUUACAAGGGCGUUGCCAUGAUUUAGCUACCUGGCGUAUGGCUAGAACCUAAUGUGCUUGAACGGGUCUAUCAUUCAGCGUUCUGCGAGUAUGCAAGCACGAUUUGACAAACAAGCAAUGUCAGAAAUGAGUUUAUGCUGACCAUUCCAGCUUUAGAUAUAAUGUACAUGUAUAACAUGUCGUAAGACUGUCUAUAUUUGAUAUCUUUCUCGGUAACUGUCUCAUACAACAAUGUAUUGUUUAAGAUUCAGUAAUUUGAUAUUUUGUUGCACUGUAAAACUGAAUAAAAACAAGUAAAGUUGUCAACAUUACUACA